GCGGUGACCUGGGAACUUGUUGCGUAAAAAACAUGUCGGAAUGAUCGCGUAGUUCGACCAUCAUCCCAUUAAAGAAAUGGCGAGAUUUAUUGCCCAAAUCAUCAUUCUUGGUGGUCAAGUUAUCGGACGAGCGUUUGCUCAAGCCCUGCGUCAGGAGUUUCAAAGUGGAGCUGCAGCUCAGAAAGCAUCAAAGGGGGCUCAAGAGGGUGCCAAAAGAGCUGCCUCAAACAGUGUUAUGGGAUUGACUUUAGAGGAAGCUAAACAGAUCCUCAAUGUUCAAGAUCUGAACUCUGAACUAAUUACAAAGAAUUAUGAUCAUCUAUUCAAAAUCAAUGAGAAGAAAGCUGGAGGAUCAUUCUAUCUUCAAUCAAAGGUAUACAGAGCAAAAGAAAGACUUGAUGAGGAAUUGAAAAUGCAGGAAAAUGAAAAUGACAAGCAAAAACAGAACAAUAGCAGUGAAUUUGAUAGAUGACAGUUGUUUCUAAGGAACAGCAUGGCAUAGUGUGGUAUUGGUGCAUCAGAUUCUCCACACACACGAAAAAAAAGAAAUGUUAAUAUUUUGCUGUCUGCUUUUUAUACAGUGGCAUGCAGUGAAUGUGCAAGGAAAAACGUAGUUCUUUAAAGCACAGGGGUACUCUACUUGUACCACAAAGUUAUAUGCCUGUGACUGUAUGCUAGAAAAAGGAAAUGCCAAGAUGAAUUUGUGACCAUCUUUACUCACCAUUGAUUUACAUCUUAUGCUCAUUACUCUUCUUUGUCGGUGUUAAAGGGAAAAUUUGUGUGAUGUUCAGUUAUUUAUCCCUGUACAGUACAGCUGUAGCUGUUCAUUUGUAUUCACUGGUGCCAUUCUAUUCUUUACUGCCUACCGGGGAUGACAUAUUUUGUGAACUUUAUGUGUUGAGAAUAAAUGUUGAUUUCAUUCUAAUA